AUGAACUCUGGUUGCCGUGGCCGAUGGCCCUUCCUUGGAGCAACUCCAGUGGUCCUCCUUUUGGUUCUGUGCCUCCAUUUGCAAGGCUCAGACUCCCGAUGUAUUGACGUUGUGCUCGGGCAAGACCUGCAGCCAUUGCCUCCUGGUGUGCAAAGGUGUUCCUUGCCUAGUGGGCUCCUCCAACCUGAUGUCUCACUGCCUGGGCAAGGAAGAGAUGCUCCCGAUGGGGGAGACAGUCGUAUUGUGGGGGGCAGUCCUGCAACAUCUGGGGCGUAUGGAGGAGGAGAAGGAGGCAGCACUGGAGGCAGUGGUUCUCCUACAUCUCGGCCCCCUUCACAAGGGGACAGACCAUUCCAGACUGGGAAGCCAAACAGACCAGGACAGGCUGGCAGACCAGAGGGGGCUGUAUUUGGGGGAAGGCCUGGUCAGUACAGUGGGCCAAGACAACCUGGCCCAUAUGGGAGCGGACCUUCCCAGUAUGGUCCAGGUCCUGUGAGGGAAGCGAGGCCAGGGAGUUCUGUUCAAUAUGGGGGUGUCUCUGAGCAAUAUGGAGGUGUCUCUUAUGAAGGCCCAGCCUCCGGCAUCCGGUAUAAUUACCCCCAGGGUCACCCACGCCCAGAAUGGAAGGCCCCUGGCAUACCCUAUAUCCCAUCUCCCAAGGAGUGGGGUGGCGGCUACAUCCCAAUACGAAAAGGCAAUCCCAAUGCACCAUAUGAGGUUCCCUAUGGUGGUGGAGCAGGUUCAUACAACUCUGGUCAACGGUACCCUUCAGCCUAUGGUGGUGGUGGUGGUGGAUCCAUGGACUCAGGGCCAAGGGGCAGGUAUGAUGGCAGCUAUGGACCCAUCCCUGAAAGCUUGCAACCUGGUGGUGGGCAGCGUGGCAGAGAGGGUGUGGAUCGUGGGCCCCCUUGUGAUCCAAACUGUUAAGAGGAGAGAGUGUGCUCUAAAUCAGGGUGGACAACCAGAUGUUGGGGGCCUAAAUCCAAUUGCUACCUAGAGUAGACCCACUGGAAUCAGUUGUCGGAUGAUGUAUCAGCACUUAUAUAAAUCUCAUUGCAUCCAUGGAGCAGCAAAUGGAUUUAGGCCACAGGUGACAACUCCCAUAAUUCUUGAAUAUUCGCCAUGCCAGCUGAGAAUGAUGGGGUUCGUAGUGUAGCUGGGCUGGGCUGUCUGUUCCUGAUUUUGACUCUGAGCCCUUAAGGCAGAUAGGGGACGUUCCCACUUAUGUUUGGUUUCAUUGUUUGGGAAGGAACUAUGGGUCCAGGUACACUACACAAUUAUAGUGCUAUGAUUCCACUUUAACUGCCAUGACUAAAUGCUGGGACUGGCAGCUGAGGAAGACACUUACAGGAGCUCUCUGGCUGAGAAUCUUAAUUAUUCCUUCCUAAACGGCAACUCUCAGGAUUCCUCAGGACAGAAACAGGGCAGUUAAAGGGCUUAAUGCUAUAACUGAGACAGAAGCUAGAAGCAAACAGUAACUUGUUGGAUUAUUACUUCCAGUAUCAA